ACCUCAGAGAGGGGUCUGGCGUCCUUCUCUCUCUUUCUUUCUCCCUCUCUCUCCCUCUUUUCCAUAAUAGGUCUUUGCUAAUUUUUCUCCCCUAUACUUUGAAUAAGACACAAUGAACAGGCAAUUCAGUUCCAGGUCUGGGGGUGGGGUCAGGAUCUCCCGGGGCUACAGUUCUUCCACUGCUGCCAUUCCUGGAGGGACGAAAGGCAGCUUCACGUCAGUUUCUUUAUCCCGGGGUGGCAGAAGCAGUGGGGGGCUAGGGGGUGGCUUUGGGAGCAGAAGCCUAUACAGCCUAGGAGUUAACAAAAGCAGCUCCAUUAGUCAUGGUGCAGGUGGAAUUGGAGGCCUCUGGGGUGGUGGAAUGAGUAGUGGUGGUGGAUUUGGUGCAGGCGGGUUUGGUGGUGGAGGGUUUUCUGUUGGGGGGUAUGGAGCUGGAGGUGGUUCCUUUGCAGGCUUUGGUGGAGGUGGAUCAGGAAUGGGGGGCUUUGGUGGUGGUCCAAGGAUGGGCUGUGUAGUUCCUCCUGGGGGCAUCCAGCAAGUGACCACCAACUCCAACCUCCUGUUACCACUCAACUUAGAGAUUGACCCAGAGAUCCAAAAAGUGCGCGUGCAAGAAAGGGAGCAGAUCAAAUCCCUCAACAACAAGUUUGCAUCCUUCAUUGACAAGGUACGGUUUCUGGAGCAACAGAAUAAGGUUCUAGAGACCAAAUGGGACCUACUACAGCAACAUAGCAGCACAGGUACUAAGAUCCACAUUGAGCCAAUGUUUGAGGCUUACAUUGCUAACCUCAGGAGACAGCUGGAUACCCUGACCGGUGAUCGUGGGAGGCUGGAUGGAGAACUCAGAAAUGUGCAGGAUCAGGUGGAAGACUUUAGAAAGAGAUAUGAAGAUGAAAUCAACAAGCGCACUGCGGCUGAAAAUGACUUUGUUGGCAUCAAGAAGGAUGUGGAUGGUUCCUUCAUGCACAAAAUAGAGCUGCAAGCAAAAGGUGAUAGACUGAGAGAUGAAAUCGACUUCUUGAGAGCCCUCUUUGAGGCAGAACUGGCUCAGAUCCAGGGACAGAUCAGCGACACCAGCGUUAUCCUACAGAUGGACAACAACCGAGAUCUAGACCUCAAUAGCAUCAUUGCUGAGGUGAAAGCACAGUAUGAAGACAUUGCUAACAGGAGCCGGGCCGAAGCAGAAGCUUGGUAUCAAAGCAAGUUUCAGGAACUUCAGAGUACAGCAGCUGGCCACGGUGAUGACCUGAAGAUCACCAAGAACGAGAUUGCAGAACUGAAUCGAAUGAUCCACAGAUUAAAAUCAGAAAUUGAUGCUGUUAAGAAACAGAUUGCUCAGUUCCAGGCAGCUAUUGCUGAUGCUGAGCAGCGAGGGGAAAGGGCCCUGAAAGAUGCCAGAACAAAACUCACUGAUCUGCAGCAUGCCCUACAAAGUGCCAAGGAUGAGCUGGCACGCCUACUGCGGGAUUACCAGGAGCUAAUGAAUGUCAAACUAUCCCUGGAUAUUGAGAUUGCUACAUACAGAACUCUGCUGGAAGGAGAGGAAUGCAGGAUGUCUGGAGAACUUACCACCCCUGUAAGCAUGUCGGUGAUCAGCAGCUCUUCUACCAUGGGCAGAAGCAGUUAUGGCUUUGGCAGCGGCGGCGGCAGCCGAGUGAGCAGCGGAGGAUUUUCCCUGGGUGGUGGUGGAGGAGGAGGAGGAGGAGGUGGUGGCAGUGGAGGUGGCAGCCUUAAUCUCGGAAUGGGUGGUGGCAGUGGUGGUGGUUAUGGCAUGAGCAGUGCAGUCGCUGCAGGAGGGAGCAGUUACAGCUCUGGCUUUGGUGGGGGGCUGAGUUCAGGAGGGGGAGGGGGCUCCUCGAGUGUGAAAUACAGCUCAACAACUUCGUCAUCAAGGAAGAAAGUAGUCAGAUAAAAAGGAAAGCAGCCACACUCACACAAGUUCAGCCACUUCUAGAAAAUGUUCAUAUUUGUUCUAACUGCCCGCAGCAACACCCAGCCUCCGUGCUAGUUGUCCUUGACUAAAUGAUGGGAGAAAUGGUCCCCCCAAAUAAUCACACACAGGAAUGCAGUGGAUAUUCAUGAAGAAUGCCUUUCCACUGUGCCCCCUAGCCUAGAGUGGAUAGAUUCUGUUGCUUAAGGCUAUAUUUCUCGAUUAACACCACCAUUACCUCAUUGAAAUAAAUGAGAGGAAACUUGACCAGAGAGCAGCGCAUCUCCCACUUUGUAUACCUCUUUCGUUCAAUGCCUGUUUCCCCCCUUCUCUCUGACACUGUUAACAUUGGCUGCAGUGCAAGAAUUCAGAACCACUUGCAGUGUGAAUGAAUCGAGGCACCCAUAUCAAAUUGCAUCGGCUGCUGUCUCUCUUCCAGUUGUUUGGAAGAGAGGAACCAGCAGGAAAUUUACUUCAAAUUUGGGGUAUUUUUUCCCCCAUUGAAGGCAAAUAACACAACACUUGGAUCCCAUUGUAAUAUUGCAAUCAUUUUGUGGCAUGCUCCUACUGCAAAAAAACAAAACAAGAACACUUUAAUGCCCUGCUGAUUUCAGUGAGAGAGUUAAGGAUGUGAUUCAACUUUGCCCACUGAAAUGAAAGGGGCUGAUAAAAUGCUUAAUCUUUGGCUGGGUUGUGCUCCUUUUUUCAAAGGAAAAAAAAACCACCCUAGGAAACUUGAGUAUGUCAAGGAAUGACAUUUAUUUUAGAUCAUAGCUUCACUUCAAAAGACACAUUUGAAUCCCUACUUCUAAUGACUUGUUCUAAACUUUAGGCAGCAACUGAAUGUACAGUUACAAACAGGGUUUUAGAAUGUGUAACACUGUGGAAUUGUAACCUUAAAGUCUGUGUUUUUUGCUAUGAAAUUCCAUUGCUCCAGUUGCAGAUUUGUGUACUGAUCUCUUGGAGCAUUGAGAAGUGUGGAAUACAAUGUAUACCACCCUCCAGCCAAGGUGCCACUGGGAAUAUCAAAUACCACUUUAUAUAUAAAAAUAAUUUUGCCAUAAAAGGCAUCUGAUAUCCCAGUCAGUGCAAUCUGAUGCACAUCUACUCAGAACUAAGCCCCAUUAUGUUCAGUAGGACUUAGUCACAGGUAAAUGGCUGUACUAUAUCCACUGAAUCCUAUAUCCACUUGCCUGAGUGUAAGUCCCCUUGAACUGAGGGGUCUUUACUACAAAUAGACAUAUUGUGGAUUGCACUGUUCAUUUAUUUUGAAUGAUUACAAACCACUUCUGACACCAUGUGGCACAGGCACAGUCAAAACAGGAAAUUGUUUAAUAAACAAAAGGAGCAAGUGCUCCGAUCAAUCAGCAUUGGUUCUUUUUUAAUUUUCAUGAUUGCCCAGGACAAUGAUAGAGUUUGGCUUCAUCAACAUCACAAUAUUCAUUCCAGUAUAGUUGACUUUAGGUCACAUACCACUUGCAGCACCUAAGUGGAACACAUAUUUGCCUUCUUGGUUGGGUUGCUUUGCAAAGUGAUGAAUUUUACAAGUUUGAAUAGAAUUUACACACUGUUGAAGAUUUUAAGGAAUCUGUGACUUAGCAAGCACAUUCACCUUGAUUGGUUUCUGUCUGCUAGUGCUUAUUGUAAAUAAAAUUGCAGAGGCUCAUCCUUUUCUCACUGUUCAUUUUUCUGCAUGAUCUUUAUUGCCAAUAAACUGCAUUGUAAUA